CUAUUGGGUUGUUGAGUGGCAACUUUGUCAUUUCAAUCGCACCAACCCCCACCCGCUCUCUCAUAUACUCUUUCUGCGUUCCCAACCCAUUCUCGCCCCUCCCUCUAUCUUUUCAUCGAUAACCCAUUUCUGUUGGUGGCACUGACAGUCCCAGAUCUAAUUAAAAAUGAAGGUGAUAGAGAAGAUUCGGACUUUGCAAGAGGAGCAAGGGAAAGUUGUGUUUUCGUUUGAGUUCUUCCCCCCAAAGACUGAGGAUGGAGUUGACAACCUGUUUGAGAGGAUGGAUCGCAUGGUUGCUCAUAAUCCAUCAUUCUGUGACAUUACAUGGGGUGCAGGUGGGUCCACCGCAGAUCUCACCCUGGACAUUGCUAACAAGAUGCAGAAUAUCAUCUGUGUGGAGACCAUGAUGCACCUCACUUGCACCAACAUGCCUGUGGAGAAGAUCGACCAUGCCCUUCAGACCAUUAAGUCCAAUGGCAUUCAGAAUGUUCUUGCCCUCCGAGGUGACCCUCCUCAUGGCCAGGACAAGUUUGUCCAGGUCGAAGGUGGCUUUGCCUGUGCCCUUGAUCUGGUGAAACAUAUUAGAAGCAAGUAUGGUGACUACUUUGGCAUCACGGUUGCUGGUUAUCCAGAGGCACAUCCUGAUGCCAUAGGAAGUGACGGUGUAGCUACACCUGAAGCUUAUCAGAAUGAUCUUGAAUACUUGAAGAGAAAGGUUGAUGCGGGAGCUGAUCUGAUUGUCACUCAAUUGUUUUAUGAUACUGAUAUCUUUCUCAAAUUUGUCAAUGACUGUCGGCAAAUUGGAAUUACAUGUCCUAUCGUGCCGGGUAUUAUGCCCAUUAAUAAUUACAAGGGUUUCUUGCGUAUGACUGGCUUUUGCAAAACCAAGAUCCCAGCUGACAUUACUAAUGCCUUAGAGCCUAUCAAGGACAAUGACGAAGCCGUCAAAUCCUAUGGGAUUCAUCUUGGAACAGAAAUGUGCCGCAAGAUUUUAGCUCAUGGAAUUAAGACAUUGCACCUUUAUACGUUAAACAUGGAGAAAUCUGCACUAGCUAUACUAAUGAAUCUUGGAUUGAUAGAAGAGUCCAAAAUUUCCAGGUUUUUACCUUGGAGACGCCCUGCAAAUGUUUUUCGUGUUAAAGAAGAUGUUCGUCCAAUAUUUUGGGCUAACCGUCCAAAGAGUUACAUAUCCAGGACUAUUGGUUGGGACCAGUACCCACAUGGGCGAUGGGGUGAUUCUCAAAACCCAUCAUAUGGUGCGCUAACUGACUAUCAGUUCAUGAGGCCCCGUGCUCGUGGCAAGAAACUUCAUGAAGAAUGGGCUACCCCAUUGAAAAGCAUUGAUGAUAUUCAAGAGAAAUUCAAGAGUUAUUGUUUGGGCAAGUUGAAAAGUAGUCCUUGGUCAGAAUUGGAUGGGCUUCAGCCAGAAACAAAGAUCAUACAUGAACAGCUGGGAAAGAUCAAUUUGAAGGGUUUCCUUACCAUCAAUAGUCAACCAGCUGUCAAUGGGGAACGAUCUGAUUCCACAUCUGUUGGUUGGGGUGGCCCUGGAGGGUAUGUUUACCAGAAGGCUUAUCUUGAGUUUUUCUGCUCAAAGGAAAAAUUAGAUGCACUUAUUGCCAAGUGCAAGGCCUUGUCAUUUAUCACCUACUUGGCCGUCAACAAAAAUGGGGAUUUGAUAUCAAACAUAGGCGUGGCAGAUGUUAAUGCGGUAACGUGGGGAGCGUUCCCAGCUAAAGAAACAAUCCAGCCAACUGUGGUGGAUCCUGCCAGCUUCAUGGUGUGGAAGGAUGAAGCAUUUGAAAUUUGGUCAAGAACAUGGGCCUCCUGGUACUCCGACACCGACCCUGAGGGUGUUCAAUCCAAAAAACUGCUUGAAGAGGUGCAGAGCAAGUACUAUUUGGUCAGCUUGGUAGACAACGAUUACAUCAGCGGUAACAUUUUUGCUGUUUUUGAAGAUAUUUAAGAUGGGAUGCUGCCUGCUUCUAUCAUGCGCUCAACUGAUUAAAUCUCUCUCUCACAAGCCCUAUUUAAGGCUGUCUAUUCUCCAUAUAUAAUUUGCAGUUGUUUUCCUUUGCCUUGUGGUGUAUUGAAUUAUAAUCUUAUUUGUCAUAAUGACUUUAUUAAAAAAAAAAAAUUGCAAUAAUAACUCAAUUGGAAUUUUGACA